GGGAGAGGGGCAGGGCUGACCCGUUCCGUAUUCGCUUUCUAUUAGGACACCCAGUUCGCGUUCACGCGAUGGUCGCAUCGUUUAAUCGCGCGAUGAUCGCGUUAUCGCGUUGUAUUAGGACAAUGCCUAAUAGCACAUCACAUGGGAAAAUGUGCAGGUUAUACUAACAACCCUGAACCAAAAUGACGAAGACCAAAAGCCGAUCUUUUACCCACGCGAUUUCAUCUUGUGCAAAAAUAUAAUUGUUACCUACUUGUUGUGCUGUUAUUUCAGUGAAAAUGUAUAGAAAUAAAAAAGACGUUGAUAAACAUGUGGAGAAUUUAAUAUCUAAACUGUCGGUAAAAGAGUUUAAGACGCGAUCAUACUCCGUGGCGCGGUUGUAUUACGAAGUCGGCGAUUAUGCUAGCUGCCAACGUUACGUCGAGCAAUAUCUUACCCAAAAAGAUAAUAAUGCAGCGGCUUAUAAGCUUCUUGGUCAGGCUUUGCACAAAUUGGGGCAAAAAGAAAAAGCCCUUGAACAAUAUAGAACAUCCCUCGAUAUAGAUCCAACUCAAACAAGUACUAUUUUGGACAUUUGUGAACUUCUUGUUGAUGAUGAAAUCCUCAUUGAUACAGGACGUGCAAAGUAUUGGUGUGAAAAAGCAGAAGCAACAUUCCCAAGGCACCCUGUAACUUUUAGGUUACGAGAAAAACUAAUGUCUAUUUCCAAUCCAAACCCUGGGGCACUUGUUGAUUUAUUAACUGCUGAAUUAACAAUAAGACCCAAGGAUCCCCAACUUCAUGCACGUCUCCUAAAACACUACAUUCAUACCAAUCAAAUUACGGAAGCCAUUAAUCAUAGUUGUAAUGUUGAAUUUGCUGAGAAGACUUUUCGUAGUAAUUAUGCAUGGUAUGAAAGUUUAGCCGAACUUCUGAAACAUAAUUCCCAUGAUUUCAAAGAUUGGCUAUUUCAAUUACUCCUGUUAACAGUCAGAGAACAUAUGUGUAUUUUGAGCUUAACUGACACGCCAGGCUCUUCUAAAAGUUUGAUUGAGGCCAAUGAACUUUUAUUCCUUUAUGAUCAGGAUAUUGAAAAUGUAUCUAAAGCUGGAGCUACACCAGGUUUUGGAGAAUUUCAUGCCAACUUGUUGCAACAUCACAGAGGCCAAUUCUUAUUUCAUGCAGCCACAUUUUUAUUAAAAAGAGCAAAGAAAGAUCAGUUAAAUUGGCAUAUUGCUACUAAAUUUUCAGCUCCUUUAAUGUUAAUGGCCUGGCACAUAGGAUCUAAUAAUACCAAAGUAAAUUGGUUAUUUCAAGCUCCUGAAAAGCAACAGUUGGCAGCACGCCGUUGGUACUUGGAAAGUGUAUACCGAUGUUCACAGGCUGGACAUUAUUUAUUAUCACAGAGUCAAGAUAAAAGUCAGUCUUAUAUUGAUCAAAUUUCACAAUGCUGUUCAGGAACCCACUGGAGAGAUAAAAUAUAUGAAAAACUAUUUACUUCCAGACCACAUUUGGCCAGGAUAAAAUCAUCUCAUUUUGUUACAUCUGGUGCAUAUACUACACCUACUUUGAAACUUCCUAGGAAAAUUGAAGUAGAAGUUUUGGAUGAUGAAGCUCUAAUGGAAUAUCCCAACUCUCUACAUCAUUUUGUGUGGGUAUUGUUAUGUUACAAAAAUUUUGCUCAUUUCAAGUGCAGCAUUUUUGAUGCUAUAACCCCUAGUGCAACUAAUACUGGUCCAGAAUCAAUGAAUAAAAUUGACAUUGAAGCUUUUCUUUAUUGCUCUGCUUUAACAACAAAACAGCAGAAACCAAAUGCACAUUAUGUUUGUACUGAUAAACCAGCAGUACUUCCGGCUAACAUAACAGAUCUGAUGUGUACUAUAUCUCAAUUGAAAUGGUGGGAUUGUGCAUACAAAUUUAGCCAAAAUGAGUUGGGAACAGAAUUAACUGACAUUCGUGGAACAUUAUGUAGAGGUAUAGAAGUGGUGAGGUGUAUUGAUUCACAUGGUUUGGAUCCUGAACUACUAUGUGUUCUUGGUAGAAUUUUCAGUGAGAAAGCUAAACUUACAACAGAAACAGAAUACAAGAAUAAAUAUGAACAAAGAGCUGUUUUAUAUUAUUCUUCUGCUAUACCUCUCCUAGAAAAGUUAAAAAGCAAAGUAGUUAUCAAAUUACCCGAGAAAAGAAUUUUUGAUUACACACAUAAAGAAUUAAGUGCUAAAGAACUGAAUUCUUUAAUUGAAGAAAGCAAGCUGAUGGUAGCACUGAGUUAUAUUAAUGAUUCUGAAAAUGAAAAAGCGAUAGGAAUGCUAUCAGGCCUAAAAUCACCUGAAGCUUUUUAUCAUCUCAGCCAAACAUAUAGAAAAGUUGCAAUAGAUGAAAAUAAUCAAGGUGAUAAAUAUGUUUCGUUACUCUUGAAGGCGAGAACUACUGCUUAUAAAGCUAUGGAUGGUUGGAAACAUUCUGAAACACAUAAGAACAACCCUUUGUUUUCUGAUACACAAGAUUUGAUAGAAGAACUGGAUUCACUUAUAAAUAAAAUAGAUCCAGAUUUAUCUGGGUCAGUUGUCAAUGAAUUAGAUGGAAAAUAUUCUUCAGAUGAAAAUGUUUCUUUGAUUGGGAGUGACCAUACAGUAAUGCGUAGUAAAUUUCCGCCGUUUCGUAAUAUCAGCUCUACACCAAAAGCACCAGCAAAUGCAAAUAAUAUAACUAAUUACAGAACAGCAAUUGAUUCUCAAAUUUUAGAAAAUACUCGAUUGGAUCAGCGAUAUUUGGAAAGAAUAGAAACAGAAAUAAAAAAUUUACAAAAACGAGACACUACAAUAAACAAUUUUAUGCAAGAAACUAAACAAUGGUUUGAAGAAAAUCGUAAAUUAGGUAAUGAAAUUAUCACAACUAUCCAUUCCAAUAUUCAAAAUACUACAGAUCAAUUUAAACUGCUAAAAAUAUCUGUAGAUCAAGUUAAAGAUCAGAUAGAUGAGUGCAGAAAUGAAUGUAAAGAUGUAGGUGAGUUAAAGAAACAAAUUGCUGAGAUGAAGAAAGAAAUAAACAAGUUGAAGAAAACUUCUUCUGAGCAAAAUAUUAACGAAAGUGAUUUAUACAAUUUGGAAGAUGAUUAUAGAACAAGUGAAAGUACUUCAACCUUUACCCCUCAGCUACCCUUUGUGCCGCCUGUAAUGCCUCCGUUCAACCAAAGAUUAGUACCACCUUUUCCAGUUCCACCCAAUCCUUAUCAACUGUAUAAUCAGAAUUUAUACAAUCUGUACAAUCAAUAUACACAGUUUGGACAAUCAGCCCAGGUGCCUGGUGCACCACCAAUAUUUGAUCCCAGUAGAGGCCAAAUUAAUUAUCCGGGAGUUUAUCCCACCCCUGAGGCUAUGUAUUUAGAUGUUGCUCAAUUAGUACCACCACCGCUAGGCGGCAUACCAGCGGCACCUACAGUAUCUGCACCUUCAGCACAAGUUGCGCCUUCCCUAUCAACGGUGACAUCUAUUCCAACAGUAUCAUCUGUAUCCAUGCCACCUACAAUUACCACAGUGAGUUCUUCUAAAACUGUUCCUAAAGUGGAACCUAAAGAUAUUCCCAGAUCAUUGCCAAUAAAUGUUGUUAUAACUUCUUCAGAUCCUUUACCGACAUGCACUACCACACCCGCUCCUAUUUUAAGCGUUACUAUUCCAUCGAAACACAUAAAAGGAAGCCCUCAUAAUUACCAAAUUCCCAUGCCGAUAACAACGGACACUAAAGCGAUAGCACCUCCUGUCUUUAGUUUUCCGUCUUCGGAUAGCAAGAUGGGCUUAAAUAAUGCAGGAAAUAUUUCUAAUAACAGCUGGAAUCAAUCUUCAGUUUUUAAGAUAGCUGCGACUUCUAAUCUUACUCCAGUAACCCAUACUACAGAAUCAUUCUUUAGCAAUUCGAAAUCUGGCGAUUUGUUAGACAACUCCAAAACAGUUGUAGAUGGAGUAUUAAAUACGUCAGCUGAUCUUAGUCUAAAUAAAUCCAGAACAUUAUCUGAAAGAAGUAAUACUUCUGUUGAAUAUGACCCUUGUCCAGAUUUUAAACCCAUAAUACCUUUACCAGCUGAGGUUAAAGUGACAACAGGCGAAGAAGAUGAAACGGUUAUAUUUAGUUCUAGAGCGAAAUUAUUCCGAUUUGUGGAUAAACAAUGGAAAGAAAGAGGUCUGGGAGAAAUGAAGCUUUUAAAACACAAUGUUACUGGAAAGGUGCGAGUGUUAAUGCGGCGCGAACAAAUUCAUAAGAUUUGUGCAAAUCAUAUAAUUACAUCUAACAUGGAAAUAAAGCCAAUGAAAAAUGAAACCAAAGCUUACUUUUGGGUGGCAAAUGAUUUCGCUGAUGAGACUGUUGUAUUAGAAAAAUUCUGCAUAAGAUUCAAAACAGCUGACAUUGCUUCACAAUUUUAUGAAAAAUUUGAACAGGCACGUAAAGAAUGUUCUUCACCUAACGUUAGUAUUGAUAGAAUUGAAGAUGAUAAACAAAUUAACACUGUUGAUAAGUUACGAGAUCAACAAAACACACCAGCAAAGAAUAAUUCAGACUUGUUCAGUGUAAUCAACUCAAAUAAACCUGGAUUUACAGUGGGUGGUUUCACAUUUAGCAGCACACCUACGUUUAAACCUGUAACAGAACAACCAAAUCCUGAAAGUAAACCUACAGAACCAUCAGUAACUAAAGCCAAUAUCUUUAGCACAUUAAGCUUUAAGCCAAACACAAGUAGUCCUUUUAAUAAUAUUUUUACCACUAGUUCUCAGUCUGUAAAUACUGCUGCAUCUGAAAAGAAGGACGCAACAUCGACAUUAAAUACUUCUGAUACUGUAGAAGAAUUUGAACCAAAUGUUGAAUUUGAACCAGUUAUACCAUUGCCUGCUUUAGUAGAUCAAAAAACUGGUGAAGAAGAUGAAAUAGUUCUGUUUGAACAUAGAGCUAAGUUAUUAAGAUUUGACACAAAUGGAAAAGAGUGGAAGGAACGGGGUCUUGGUAAUAUAAAACUACUUGUACAUAAAGAUAAUUUUCAAAAAGUUCGUCUUUUAAUGAGGCGUGAGCAAAUUAUGAAAGUUUGUUGUAACCAUGCUCUCUCCAAGGAGAUGACGUUCCAGAAAAUGCCUAAUAUGGACAAGGCAGUAACAUGGUGUGCUAAAGAUUUUUCAGAUGGAGAAUUAAUAUCCGAGACAUUCUGUCUAAGAUUUAAAACAGUUCAAACAUGUGAUGAAUUUAUGGAAAUUGUUAAAUCAGCACAGUCAAAAAUGAAAGAUGAUACUAAAGCUGCAAAAGAAGAUAAUAACUUGGCCAAACAAAACACUCAUAUUGGUUUUGGUGAUAAAUUUAAGCCUAAACCUGGAGCCUGGAGUUGUAAUAUGUGUUAUACAAAUAAUUUAGAAAGCUUUGAUAAAUGUGCUUGUUGUGAGCAACCUAAACCACAAACUAAUUCAAAACCAGUAAUUUCCACUAACACAUCAACAAGCAGCAUACCCACAACCACUUCUAACGUCAUUACAAAUUCAAAUUGGGGCGAAGCUUUCAAACCAAAACCAGGCACAUGGGAAUGUAAAGAGUGUUUGAUUAGAAAUGAAGCUACUUCUGAUAGUUGUUCUGCAUGCAAUACUGUAAGGGAUUCUACUGCUGCUGUGAAAUCAACACCAAAAGUAACAUCUGAUGAAGGAUUCAAGUUCAAAUUUGGAAUGUCUGUAACUAAUACACAGACACCUAAAGAAAUGGCUGGCACUGGCACCGCUGGUUGGGGUGAUAAAUUUAAACCUAAAGAAGGAUCUUGGGAAUGUCAACAAUGUUUUGUCAGGAAUGAAGCCGAUAGUAAAAAAUGCAGUGCCUGUAGUAAUCCAAAAGAUCCAAGUGAUGUUUCUAGUGACUCAAAAUCAAUUUUUGGGUGUAUCGGUACAGGUCAAAAAUUUAAUUUCGGUAUUCCUGCAAAUUCUGCUGUUGCCACAAAAUCAAAUCAACCACAAACAAACCAAAAUAGUUCUAUUUUUGAUGGAACUGGAGCACAUAAGUUUAGUUUUGGUAUUCCAUCUACUACUCCAAAUAACGCGACUAGUGUUGUUGCUUUUGGUGAGCAGAAAUCUCUACCUAGUAAUAUUAUUUUUGCAACACCUAAAGCACCCGAUAAUCAAAGUCCGCUUAACUUUUCUCUCAAGAUUAAUGAUCAAGGUGAUGUAAAUGUGACACCUAAAGUCGCCGAACAAAAAGAUGAACAACAUAAAACUCAGUUUGGUGGGACCUUUGAUUUUGUUUUUAAGCCUAAAACUCCACCUAAAGCAAAACAUUCUGUGAAGUCACCAAAAAGCGAGAAAGGAGACGAAAGUGACGGUAAUGAAUAUGCUUCUGAGGAUGAAGGACACCAUAUUCAUUUCAGCCCUGUUAUACCAUUGCCAGAUAAAGUUGAAGUAGUGACUGGUGAGGAAAACGAAACCGUAUUGUAUUGUCACAGAGCUAAGUUAUUUAGGUUUGUAUCAAGUGAAUGGAAAGAACGCGGCAUUGGAGUUGUAAAAAUUUUGAAGCACAAAGACACAGGAAAGUUGAGGGUUCUUAUGCGCCGGGAACAAGUUUUAAAAAUUUGUCUAAAUCAUGAAUUAACUGCUGAAAUAACAUAUACACCAAAAGAUGACAAAACGUGGCUUUUUGCGGCGAAUGAUUUUAGUGACGGGGAAUUGAGUUUACAACAUUUUUGUUUGAGAUUUAAAAACAAGGAAACAGCAACUGAAUUUAAAGAAGCUGUUGAUAACGCUAGAGGGGAAAAAACAAAAGAUAUUAAAUCAGACACAAUUAAGAAGCAAGAUAAUGAUCAGGAAGAUGUUGUGUUUGUAAAUGAAAUACAAGCCUCCACAGAAGACAAACAAAAAGCUAAAGAACUAAUGUUGCCUGAAAACUUCUUUACAUACAAAAUGAAAGAAAACUGUCAAGGUUGUCGUGGUUGCGACUUAGAUGACAAUGCUAAAUCAUCAGUAACUACAACUGCUGUAACUUCAGCUAUUACUACUCCUGUAAAAACUUCAACAUCUUCUUUUAGUAGUCCUUUAAAUUCCUUUUAUGGCACACCUGCAAAUUUCGAUAAAACCGUUGAUGUUUCUUUGUUCCGUACACCAUUAGGAUCUCUGGGUUCAAAUACAAAAUCAACUUCACCACUAUCUACUAAUAGUAAUAAUGCAAAAGAUAAUGAUACCACAAACAAGGAAAAUAGUUUAAGUCAAAAACCUAACAUUUUUAGCAAUCUGGUGGAACAAAAAACUCUUUUUGGGUCAUCUCAAAAUAAAGCAAAUAAUGCUCCAAGUGUUACUGAUGCACAGGCACCACCCUCGACUAAGGGCACUGGUAUCUUGGCUCCACCUAAGUUAAGUUCCACAUUAGCUAAACCCGACGAUGAAAAGCCUAGUGCAGAUCCGAAGUCUAUAUUUGGGGCUGCUCAAAAUAAUUCACUUUUUGGUAAAAAUAACUCACUGUUUGGCAACUUUAGCUCAGGGGGUUCAAUGAAUAAAUCUGUAUUUGGUUUUACUGCGGAAAAUACUACUGGGAAUUCAGAUAAGCAAGAGUUCAAAUCUAUAUUUGGAGGUGAUGAUAAAACAUCUACAAACUUGUUCAGUGGAAGUAGUCAAGGAUCCUUAUUUGGUCCUGGGGCGCUCACCAAUAAUCAAGCAAAACCUACAGGCUCCAUAUUUGGAACGAGUGGAAUAACAACGCUUGGUAACACUAAUCCCUCACAAGUAUUUGGUGGUGGAAGAUCUAUUUUUGGCAAUAAUAACCAAACUCCAACAUGGACGCUAAACACAAAUUCUGAUCAGAAAAAACCAGAUGUUGCAACUCAAGAUUCUACGGUUAAAAAGACUGACGAUCCUAAGGUUGUUACUGGAGACAAAAAAGAUGUUCCUUUCAAAGUGGACAACAAUUUAUCAUUUGCAGCAUUAUCAUCUAGUGGUCCCGGAUUCGACGUUCAAAAAAAAGCUGAUUUUCAAUGGGAAGGAGCAGGCCAACAGCUGUUUACAGCAGCCCAAAAAGAAGCGGCCGAUGCGCAGCAGAACCAGAGCGGUGCGGGCAGCGACGCAGCGGCAGGUGCCGACGAAGAAUACGACCCGCAUUAUGAGCCCAUAGUCCCACUACCCGAUAAAAUAGUUGUCACAACGGGAGAAGAGGAUGAGGAAAAAAUGUUUGGUGAAAGAUGCAAAUUGUACCGAUACGACGAGAAGACACGAGAGUGGAAAGAGCGCGGCGUAGGGGAGAUGAAGGUUCUGUACCACCCUGAAAGGAAGACUUUUAGGCUCUUGCUUCGGCGGGAACAGGUGCACAAAGCUGUGUUGAACAUGCUGGUGUUCAUGGAUCUAGAAUUAUUGCCCAUGAAGAACUCGGAUCGUGCUUGGACGUGGGCUGGCCGCAACUACGCAGAGUCCGCAGCGGGAGAACAGGAGACGCUGGCCGUCCGAUUCAAGUCCGUAGACCUCGCCACUGGCUUCCGAGACAAAGUCGUGGAAUGUGUCCGGUCCGCAGCGGGCCAGCAGGAGACGCUGGCCGUCCGAUUCAAGUUCGUAGACCUUGCCACUGGCUUCCGAGACAAAGUCGUGGAAUGUGUCAGGGUAAUAAGCUUCAGUUUCAACUUCAGUACAAUAACGUAUUAUGUACGCAACUAUACGAAGUUCGCAGCGAUCCAGCAGGAGAGGCUGGCCGUCCGAUUCAAGUCCGUAGACCUGGCCACUGGCUUCCGAGACAAAAUCGGGAUGGUGUCCGGCUGUGCUAAGUUCGCAGCGGGCCAGCAGGAGACGCUGGCCAAAUUACAAGCAGCCGCAGCGCAAGUGAUAAGGGAAGAGAAAGCUUCGACUGAGAACGCCUUCAGCACCGUCACACCCCUGAGGUUGCCCAAGCAUUUACAGGACAGCGCUCGCGCAGACAAAGCAAUGUCGGACAAAGCGGAGCAACACGCACAAUCUCCAACUUUGACCCAGGCAUUUUUCAAUUUGAAGACUGAAACAAAACCCAACGGUGAGACUACGCAAUCCACCGAAGCCCCUGAAGUUUCCAGACAGGUACACUUUGAGGAAGCAGCCGAAGAUGAAGAACAGGAGGAAGAUAACGGCUAUGAUUACAAUGAAGAUUAUGACAGUUAUUAUAAUGAGGAAGAAGAAGAAUCAGCACCAUACUAUUCGUGCGACGGCGCGGCGUUGAUCCAACAAGGCUCAACUACCUCCACGUGUGACAACGCAAACAUUCAAGUGUUGUUCGACCAAGAGAUGUACUCGCCCAAGAUCCUCACCAGUAAAGCCGCCACGUAUUCAUCAACAGAUCAAGAAACAUAG